GGACAACAGGAGGGUUAACAACGUAUUUUCAUAGAAACUGUGAUGGACAUAUUUCAGUGUUAUUUAAUAUCCAAUUAACUAAAUAAUUAUUCGGUAAAGUAAAGAAAUAGUUGGGAGAUAGUGGGUGGAUGUUAGAGGAGUGAAUUUAACUUAAAGACUCAUCAGAUUUAGAAAUAUCUAGAUUUAGAAAUAGCAAUGCUGCAUGUUGGGGAUGGAUGGUCAGUGCAUGUAUCCUCUGGAUGCAUACUGACGUGGAACCAGCCAGAGGCCCAGCUAGCCGACCAAUCAGGAGGCGGAGGAGAGGCUGGUCCUGGACCGGCUGGCAGACAGACAGACACCCGGGACAGAGCUCCGGCCGCAGCUCAGCCCCGUGGCGGUGACAGCACUGACAGCGACUGGACCAGGUCCGACUUCACCACGUCGUCCCUUGAGCGAAAGAUGGCUGACGUGGAGCUGGUGAAGAAGAUGCUGCGGGCCGUCCUGCAGGCCAACAAAAGUGGAGUGUCGCUGUCACGUCUGCAGACGGAGUAUAAGGAGCUGACCGGGGAGCAGAUACCACAUAAACACAUGGGACACAACCAGCUGGACGCUCUGCUGGCCAGCAUGCCCUCUGUGGUCCGCAUGGAGCGCAACCGCACUGGAGAGAUGGUCUAUUUUGCCUCAGGGGCCAAUGAGACGGCCCACAUAGCCAAGGUGGUGGCCCGACAGCGUAGCUCCAAGAAGACAGGCCGACCCCACCUGGUCAACACCCAGAUGAGGGUCAAACCGGCUGCUCCGCUCGUCCUCAAUGCCAAACCUCAGACCUCUCUGAGGCAGCCGAACCACCGCGGGCGAGGUGGGGGUAGAGGAGGUGCAGGCCGCGGGGCUGGACAUGGAGACUUCAGACAGGCCAGAGACAUAAGGGAUGGCCAGUCGGAGGGCAAGACUGGGGGGCAUCCGAAUAAGAUGUCCAAUCAGAACACAGCCAACAGAAAAGGGAACCCACCUGCAGACAAGCCAGACAAGAGGAUGACCCUCCCGUCACGGUUUCAGAAGGAGGUACACGCUCACCUUUCCAGAAACUCCCAACAGACUGGCCCACCCAUGAAUCUAAAUGAGAGCUUUGGUUCAGGGAAAGGGAAACCGUACAACCCUCAGCAGGUCCAGGGUCGCAUCAAGGAGAUCCUGGGGAAGUACAGUAAUGGAUUCUGGGUGUCGAAGCUUCCUCAGAUCUACAGAGAGCUGUACAAACAGGAGCUGCCCACGGAGGCCAUCAAAGACCUGGAGAACUGGACACACAUAUGCACUAUAGAGAAAACCUGCAGCAGCAACCCAUCAGAGCUGCUUCUUUAUCCCGCUAAGGAACAGAACACCACAUCCUCCCCUUCACCCAUCCAUAACCCAAACCCCACCACUGCCCCGACUUCAAACACCCCCACAGACAAACCUCUUCAGUCCCCCGCCCAGCAGAGACCCCCCAGCACUCCUGCAGCUGGCUCUGGUUCUCGAUCUCCUCAGUCUCCACCAUCGUCCUCCUCAUCUCCCAGCCCUCCCUCGUCUCCUGCGAGCCUCAGCCCUGACCUGAAGCAGAAACUGGAGGAGCUGCUGGUGAAGUACUCCAAUGGCCUCUGGGCUCAUGCACUGCCCAAGCUCUUCCAGGACACCUACAAAACCAAACUGCCCGGACAUGUCCUGGAGAACCUUGACCUCCUCUCUGACAUCUGCACCAUCGACUACCCGAUGCCUGACAACCCCAAGAGGGCCAUCCUGUACAGACGCUGCAGUGCUGGAGGUGGAGGAGGAGAGGACGAGAACUGCAACAGGAGGAACUCCUCGACCAGCGAGGAGGAAAUGAGGAUGAGGAAGGAGCUGGGGAGGAGGCUGAGUAAUCAUGCGGUGCCUUCCCUGCAGAUCCCCAAAGAGGAGUAUCCUUCUGUGCUGGUAGUGGAGGCCACCAACACCAAUGGAGUUAUACUCAGGUACAUUGGUGAGGGUUAUUCUCAGGCCCAGGAGUCUAUGGAGGAUGAAAUGAGGGAAUUUUAUGGCUUGGACCAAAGCAGCCCAACUCCUUUAGCGUCUCCAGCCUCGGGUCAACUUGUCGCAGUCAGAGCUGAGGAGGAGGAGGAGAUUCUGAGGGCACAAGUCUGCGAGGUCAUGACUGACAAGGUCAAGGUGUACUAUGUGGAUCAUGGCUUCUCAGAGGUGAUCAGCAAAACCAAAGUGUUUGAGCUGCAUGAGAAGUUUUUCAAACUACCUUUCCAAGCCACCAAGUGUAAACUGGCAGGCCUGGAGCCGUUCUGUCAGGAGCCUGCAGUGCUGAAGAAAUUUGAAACGAUGGCAAGCGGCAGGAUCUUAUUGGCCGAGAUCCUCGAGAGAAGGCAGACUCCUCUAGUUGUCCUGUAUGACACAUCACAGGAUGAUGAUGUGAACAUUAAUGCUGCGUGCAGGAAAGGCCUGCAGGACAAGACACUAGCGAGUCCUCUACAGGUGAACAGUGCUUACAUGAACGUGACCGUCAGCAGCGUCUGCUCAGAUGGGACCAUCUACUGCCAGCUUCCCUCCAGAGGUCUAGCCAAGAUGAAUGAAAUACUGGAGAAUAUAGAGACGUACUUCCACUCACAGGUUACAUCAGAGUUCCUGGUAUCCAGACCAUUUUGUGGGAAAGGAUGUCUGGCUCGCUACAAAGGCAAAUGGUCUCGUGUCGAGAUUACCAACCUGCAUGGCAGCAGAGUGCUGGACAUCCUGUUCAUUGAUGUUGGUGUCCAGGCUUCUGUAGAAGUGAUUGAGCUGAGAGAGAUCCCACCGCCGUUCCUGCGUGACCUCAUGGCGAUACCGCCACAGGCUGUGAAGUGCUGCCUAGCAGACCUGGCUGUGAGUAUUGGAUCCUGGAAUCCAGACGCUGUUCAGUGGCUUCGAGAGAAAGUACUUAACACCACUGACUGUAGCAUGAAGGUGGCCAAGGUAGAUGAAACCAAGCACUGCAUCUAUGUCCACUUGUUCACCGACAAGAACUUCCACGACUCGACCCGCAGCCUCAACCAUCAGAUGGCCCAGUCUGACCUGUUCAAACAACAACCAGACGUCUUCCUGACAAGCCACAGCCCCGCAAAGAUUUCUGCACCCACCGUAUCCUCUAAGACCUCCAGCAGCAGUGAAUCCACCAAUGGCAGUCUGACAUCAGCUUCUGUCCCAGUCAAGCCUCAUCUCAGGAAGGCCCUGUCAGGAUCCAGGAGCAGCGGAGGAGGAGGAGGAGGAGGAGGAGGAGGAGGAAGAGGAGGAAACACCACCUCCUCCAGCCCGCCAGAAACACCAUCAUCACCAUCGUCACCCUCAUCACCCACAUCCCUUCUCCAGCUGCCACCACUGCUAGAGCUGCCCCCAACAGGAAACAACAUAGAUGUCUACGUAUCAGUGGCGUGCCAUCCAGGCCACUUUGUGCUUCAGCCAUGGAGAGAUAUGUAUAAACUGGUGGUGCUGAUGGGAGAGAUGAUACUCUACUACAAUAAAACUGAGGAGAAACCACUCAACAUAGAGAAGAAUCAGAUAUACGCUGCUAAAGUGGAUAACAACUGGCAUCGUGUGUUAGUGAAGGGAGUUCUCACCAAUGGGUUGGUGUCUGUGUAUGAGUUGGACUAUGGUAGACACGAGCUGGUCAGCUGCACCCAGCUCAGAGCUCUGAUCAAAGAGUUCAGACAGCUGCCGUUCCAGGGAAUCACUGCUCAGCUGGCUGGAGUGAAGCCGAGGCAGUGGUCAGAGGAGGCUUCCAUCGUUUUCAGGAACCACGUGGAGAAGAAACCCCUGGUGGCCCAACUGGAGGCUGUACAGGAAGCCACCAACCCGUGGGACAGGAGGCUGACGGUCUUCUUAGUCGACACGUCACAGGAAGAAAGGGACAUCUGGGUGCACGACAUCAUGGCUGAGUUUGCAGAAGAGCUGACCAACGAGCUGUAAGCAAUAGGAGAUCACUGAGAAGUCUUACUAGCCCAGCGAUUGUCCUGUUGUGGAUAGACGAAAUAGAAGAAGCUUAUCCAUCUUUAUCCAUCUACCAUUUAGUGGGACCGAAAGAAGAACACAGGGAUGAUUAAAAGAAAGAGAUUAGGGAAGUCACAAAGAAGAGGUGAAACUGAGAGGUUUGAUAGCAUGUAGAGACCAGGAUUGGCACAAAGUCAAGAGGUGAAGGCGUUGUAGCAACUUGUGUUGUGUUGUGGGCUGUACAUCAAAGGAUGUUGUGAUGUGAUUGGAGUUACUGCAGUGUGACUACUGGAUAUAUGCCCAUUCAUGAUGCAGUGGUUUAGACCAUAGCUGUCAAAAACACACUUAGAAUACAAAAAAGCUAUCCGAUGGCUCCAUAACAAGCUCACAACGCUGUGGAAAUGAUGCAACAUGCAAUCUUACACCAUCUGGCUUUAAUCCAAAGCAGCACCCUGAAGUUUGCAUCCAGUUUUACUGCGUACCAUCCUGGAAAAGCCUGAAUACCCUCAACCCUGCCAAUGUGAAUGCAGUGCAAAGUGAAAAAAUACAACCAAGCAAGUUCUCACAUGCUCAGAAAACUUAAAUGCAUUUGUUUACAAAGUCUGCUUUUUGGAUGGUAUUUCUCAUUGUCACAAAGUUUACAAAAAUCAGAGCAAACAUUCCCUCUAAGAGGAGGAGAAAUGGAUGAGUCUGUGAGGCAUAAGGAAAGAGACCAGGAGGUGAUUUCAAAGUUUUGGGACAAAUUUUUCAGUUAAUUAAUCAAAACUCAAAGACAGAAUGUGAAAUGUACCCAAAUGAAGUGUUUACACUUUAUGAGAAGCAGGUUUUGUUUGAACCUGCUCCACUUACAGAAGAAACAAGUCACAAAAGUUAAUAGGAUUUGAUGAGUUAUUCUCAGUCUGUUUAUCCCAGCAUCACUUGUUUCAGCAGUACAAAGUGUUCUUUCAAAUACCCAAAUCAUGCAUCAAAGUUGCACAGUGACCAGCUGUGAACAAGUUCAUGUGAUUCUUUUUUUCAAGUGAAGAACAAAAAUGGAACAUAUCCAGAGUCCUGUGAAGCCGAUGGCUCAUCCAACUCGUGUCAAACACUGAUUCCUCUUUGACUCUUUUCACGGGAUUGAAUAUUUUCUUCUCAUUUUUCCGUUUCUUGCCUGACAACGAGAAAAAAUUUAAAUUUGAGCAGAUUCCUUGUGCUGCAUGUUGCAGAUCUUCCUGAACUGUUGAACAUAUGGUUUGAUGUUAUAAUAAUAAGCAGUUUAAGUUACCAGUAGUGUUAAGCUUGUAGACUUUCAAAUAGGACAUAAGUUCUUCUUAUGGUUGGUUUCUGUGCCAGCAUCAAAUGUUGGCCUGAUGUGAGAUUUGAUUCUGAAAUGUGACUCUUUUUUUUUAUUUUCUCCUGACUCAGCGGCACCAUGAUUUUGGAUGUGCAAACGCUUCUCCAAUUCUAAAGACAGUAGACCUGACAAAGCUAAAAGCUGCAUUGUUCUUAACAAAUGUCAAAUGACAUCGUUUUAUUUAUAUUUAACUUAUAUUCUCUAGAUGCAGAGAGACACAGUAUCAUUUCCAUUUUGUUUAACAAUGAAACUGGGGAUAGUAAAAGAUACGUUUUUUGGAAUAAAGUCUGUUUGAGAGGUAAACAUCUUCA